AUGUUGAAAGCAAUUACAUUGUUAUUUUUUGUCUCUCUUAUCAAUGAAUACUUGUCACAAGACAUUCGAUCGGUUAUAUUAAGACAAUUUAUACAUUUACAAUAUCAAUGUAAUGGAAUUGAUUGUUUACCAUCAUUAAUCUAUCAUGUUGAAAGUUUGCAAGGCUGUCGAAUGAUCUGUUUGAAUCAAAAUCAAUGUCAAGUGGCGACAUUCGAUCCAGCCAUCAAUCAAUGUGAAAUCUUCUUUGAAAUGUCGAUUAAACACGCUGAACUGAUAGAGAAAAGCAAUGUUUAUUCAGUCUUUGCAAUUGAUAAUAAUGAUGUCCUCACUCCUGUCACAACUACAACAACAUGGACAUCAAACGUGAACACUUCUGUGCUAUCAAAUAGUAUAUCAUCAACUGUAACAACUCAAGAAACUACCGAUGGAACAUAA